AUGCCUUUCCUAUUACGUCUACGGGCCACAGCAUUCUCAAGCUCGACUCGAAGAGCAGCUCACCCCGGCAUACGUCAACCUCUCUCCCUCCGAUCACUCUCCUCCACCCCCUCUAGGUUCGCUCAAGGCUACGGCGACGGCGAAGGCGACCCCAAAGGAGAGAAACCCCAAGACCAAGGUGCAUCAAACAGCACGAAAGAGAAUGCCGAGCACCCAGGUCCAGAAUCCCCAGUAGCAGGCAGCGGCGCUGGCCCCACGAAAAGCCGCGGUUCCAGCAAACCCAAAUCUCCUGAAGAGUCAUCUGCGAAUUCAGGAGGAUCACGGUCAAAGGAGGCAAAGGAGACGGGAUCCAGUCCUACGGGUGGGGAGGUAGGAAGCGGAAGUGGAGGUCCAUCGCCCAAGAUUCAUAAUACAAGAUUGCCAGGAGAGAAUUCUCAGGCAAAGCAGGCGGAGGUCGAGGAGCAUAAUAAGGAAUUCGAGAAGCGCCAUGAUCGGGAGGCGAGUACGGAGGGUGAUAAGGUUGAUAAGAAGUUCUGGAGUGGUGACGGCCGGGAGGGAGUAGAGGGAAAGGUUUAG